CCAAUACUUUCCACCGGGCGGAUUUAGUGAUGACGUACUUCCGGUGACGUUCUCAUACGACGACAAGAGUGAGCGAGAGCGCUAAACGCUUAAGGUUACAUGUGAGGGCCAUGGCUCGUGGACAGCAGAAGAUUCAGUCCCAGCAAAAGAACGCCAAGAAGUCCGCCGAGAAAAAGAAAGGGCAGGCGGCCGACCAGAAAACGGCAGCCAAGGUGGCGCUGGUCCACACGUGCCCUGUCUGCAGGACCCAAAUGCCUGAUCCAAAGACCUUCAAGCAACACUUUGAGAGCAAACACCCCAAGUCACCGAUGCCUCCCGAGCUUGCUGACGUUCUGGCUUGAAAGCCGAAACAACAACCUGACAUGGAGGAAGAACACUGGGACCAGUCUAUCUAACAACAUGGAGGUGACGUGUGUGUAUGUAAGAAGACUGUUUUCAGCAGGGUCCUGUUUAAAAAUAAACAAAAUGUAUUUAUUGUAUACAAGGAACAUGCUUACAACAGUCAGGAUUGCGUGCAAAGGAUGAAUGACAUGUUCACACACUAGUUAAUUAUUAUUUUUUCAUUUAAUUUGACCCUUACGAGUUCCUGAGUGACACAAGCUACAAUGGAAAGUUAAGAAUGAACCACUAAAUAUCGGGCGCUUAGCAACAGUACGCAGGCCUUUUUUAAUCCACGCGUGGCAAUAAUUUACAGAUUCUCACCGCUAACUCUUCCUCUGAACCACAACGAUAAGCACAAAUUAUUUUCAUGCACGACGGUUGUGGCGGAAAGCUCAACUUUACAUGUACAACAUUGUAUUUUGUGUUUUCAAAGGCCUAUUUAGAAAGUUGUGACCCAAAAAGCUGACGUGUGCGUUUGUGUAUCUUGUAAUAAAAAUCAAAGUCCAACCCCCCCCACCAA